AUGGCCCUGGUGCAAGACAUUACCAUACAUUAUAGAAGGUCUGAGCGGCACUUCCAGGCGGGCCGGAGCGGCACUUCCAGGCGGGCUGGAGCGGCACUUCCAGGCGGGCCGGAGCGCCACUUCCAGGCGGGCCGGAGCGCCACUUCUUGGCGGGUCGGAGCGGCACUUCCAGGCGGGUCGAAGCACUACUUCUUGGCGGGCCGGAGCGCCACUUCCAGGCGGACCGGAGCGCCACUUCCAGGCGGACCGGAGCUCCACUUCCAAGCGGGCCGGAGCCCCACUUCCAGGUGGGCCGGAGCCCCACUUCCAGGCGGACCGGAGCCCCACUUCCAGGCGGACCGGAGCCCCACUUCCAAGCGGGCCGGAGCCCCACUUCCAAGCGGGCCGGAGCCCCACUUCCAAGCGGGCCGGAGCAGCACUUCCAGGCGGGCCGGAGCCCCACUUCCAGGCGGACCGGAGCGCCACUUCCAGGCGGACCGGAGCUCCACUUCCAAGCGGGCAGGAGCCCCACUUCCAGGUGGGCCGGAGCCCCACUUCCAGGCGGACCGGAGCCCCACUUCCAGGCGGGCCGGAGCCCCACUUCCAAGCGGGCCGGAGCCCCACUUCCAAGCGGGCCGGAGCAGCACUUCCAGGCGGGCCGGAGCCCCACUUCCAAGCGGGCCGGAGCCCCACUUCCAGGCGGGCCGGAGCCCCACUUCCAGGCGGGCCGGAGCCCCACUUCCAAGCGGGCCGGAGCCCCACUUCCAAGCGGGCCGGAGCCCCACUUCCAAGCGGGCCGGAGCCCUACUUCCAAGCGGGCCGGAGCCCCACUUCCAGGCGGACCGGAGCCCCACUUCCAGCCAGCAAAAUGUACUUCGGAAUAAUGAAAUACAAUUCCAAGAAAAGAUGGAUGGCAUUGGAGAUGCCUGGAUUGACGGCACUGAUGACUGGAAACGAGAAUGA